GGUACCAGGUGACGCUUUGUUUGCGGCAGUAAACAGAUUUCAUUGAUUGAGCGAGAGAGGGCUAUCCGCUACAAAUUCCCGGGUUUUAACACUUUAGAAGCCGACAGUGUGCCGAAGAUUUGAGGGAGGAUCCGUCUUUUGGGAGUGAUUUUAGUUAGGAGUUAAAAACAAGGCGGCCAAACCAUGGAUAUAUCCACCAGUGCAAGACGCUAUCCCGAAACAGGUACAAGUUAUAGACAAGAAGAGCUGAGAUCGCUGGAGAACCACAGAACACCUAUCUACAAGGAAUGGAUAAAGAUAGGUUCGCUAGGGGGCGCAGGCAACAUCCAGAAGGUCGUCCCAGAUCCUCAGGUACGACGAGACCGUCCCACCGUGAAAGAAGGUGUGUAUAAGGGUUCCCGUAUCUACGACCGUUACGAGCCGACAGCCACCCGGCCCCAGCCGUGGGUCGGUCUGGGCCCGGAGCCGGGGGCGAGGUACGUCAAGGUCGACCCCGACUACAUCUCCCACCGGCACCGGCCGCUCGUCAACCCGGACGUCAGCCGGGGCGACAUCACCGAGCUGCCGCACGCCAACAGCCUCCGCUCCUUCGCUGGAGGGGACGACUGCAGCGUCCAGUCCCCGUACGGUGCCAUGAUGCUCCCGCCUAACCCCUACUACACCCGCUGGCCGCAGGGCGUCUACCCCGACCCGAGAGGGCCCGUGUUCGACCCCAAGCCCGACUGGCCUGCGUGGAUCGAGCCCCGGGAGCCCUACCCGCCCUUCCCCGAAGUCAACAACCGGCCCUGGCAGUACCGGAAUCCGGAACCACCGCUAGCUCAGCCAAGAACGGAACGGAAAGAGGCUUUCCACGAGAUGAUCCUGGACACGGCGAGACCAAACGAACCGCUGAACCUGCCCUAUCCACCGGAGAGAGACCUCGACAAACCACAGAAGGAAGAACCUAUCCUCAUCCCCGCAUAAACUCACACAUCAUACCACAGUAGUAUAGAUAAUAGGAUACCAGUACGUAAUUUAAUUAAUGGACACUUGUAAAUGUAAGGAGUGUACCACCUUCGUAUAGUAACCCGACUAUGCAAUCAACAGUUUACAAAAGACGUUUAGCACAAACUAGAUUUUACUAUUCCAAAUAUGAACACAUUACGCGGAUGAUGAUUAUCUUUGGUUUUGUUUGGUAGCACUUCUCAUUUAAACGUAUGAUUUAACGCAGAAACGUCUUUGCAACAAAAAGUUUAAAAUGUAAGUUUUAGUAUAUGACGUUAUAUAGUUAGUAUUGUAUAGCUUGAAAUGUACAAAUCAGGUUACUGUAUACAUAGUUAGUAGAACCAAUGGUUCUCGACUUCAGUUUCGUUUGCCAAAGGAUAUAGUAGAUAUCCGUAUUAUGCCAAGCCAAUAUGUUGGUGGUUAAUGGCAUAUAUAACAAUAAGAAAGCUCUAUAAUGUUAACAAACAACACUUCACAACUGUAUAUGUAAAUGUACAUAGACUAUGUUGAAUAAAUAAUU